CAUGACUCAUGAGAGACCGCCAGAGACCAGAGUUGUGGGCUUGAGGCUGGGGCGCUCCGGCUGCGCAACACAUCUCGGUGGCAACGGUGUUCAGGCGGACUCCCCGGCGAUUGCGGCUGGCCGCGAUGCAUCCAGGGCGCAUCCUCCUCGCUGGGCUCCGGCGCUCAGCCUCUGUCGCUUCUUCCGUUGCUCAGUCGCCAAAGAAUAUGUGUUAUUGGAACAGAGUUAUUUGGAGUUCACGUUAUUUUCACAGCGCAAGUGGCAGUACUUUCGGUGAAGGAGGCUCAGCAGCAAAGGAGCUGCCAGACCCCUUUGCCCUGAUUAAAGAGGAAGUGUCUGAAGUCACAAAUCGAUUACGCUCAAUGGUGGUUGCUGAGGUACCCGAAUUGACAUCGGCAGCUGGAUACUUCUUCAGAGCUGGAGCUGAAGGGAAACGAACGUGCCCUACUGUUCUGCUAUUGAUGGCUUCAGCUAUAAGCACAGACAUGAGUGAUCCAAUUGUUGGCUCAGAGAAUAAGCCUCGUGCAAGGCAUAUGCGUGUUGCUGAGAUAACUGAAAUGAUUCACAUAUCAAGCCUUAUCCAUGACGAUGUUUUGGAUAAUGCUGAUACUAGGCGUGGUAUGGACUCAUUGAACUUCACAGUGGGAAAAAAGCUUGCAGUUUUGGCUGGUGAUUUUCUACUUUUCAGGGCAUUUUCUGCUGCUGUGGCUCUUGACAAUACUGAGGUUGUAUCAUUACUAGCAACUGCUGUAAAUAAUCUUGUAACUGGUGAGCUUAUGCAAUUGACAAUAACCCCAGCACAGCGCUGCAGCAUGGAUUAUUAUUUGCAAAAAACAUACUACAAGACAGCUGCGUUGAUUUCAAACAGCUGCAAAGCUAUUGCAGUUCUUUCUGGGCAAACAACAGAAGUACAGGCUCUUGCUUAUCAGUAUGGCAGACACUUGGGUAUAGCAUAUCAGUUGAUUGAUGAUAUCCUCGAUUUCACAGGCACAUCAGCUUCACUAGGCAAAGCUUCCUUUACUGAUAUCAAUCAAGGAAUUGUGACGGCUCCCGUACUGUUUGCGAUGGAAGAGUUCCCCCAACUCCGUGAGAUUGUCGAACAGGGAUUUGAUGACCCUUCAAACGUUGACGUGGUCCUCAAAUACCUUCAGAAAAGUCAAGGAAUCGAGAGGACGAGGUUACUUGCUGCUGAACAUGCAAAACUAGCUGCGGUAGCUAUCGAUGAUCUUCCUGCGAGCGAGGACCCAGUUGUGCUUAGCUCGAGGCAAGCGCUCAAAGAUCUUACUCAAAAGUUCUUGAGGAGAACAAAGUGAACUGGUGGCGGAAAGUGUAGAACUGGCUAAGCAUGCCAGCAGGCUUCAAUACAUCACCAUGCAUGUUUUUGUUGACGAACAGUUUGUUAUGGUGACAGAUGAAUUUGGGAGGUUGGGGACGAGAGUACUACCUCUCUUUUUCCUCCAUUUUCAAAGCAGCAGAAUUGUACGACCUCAAUGAAACCGUGCAUCUUGGUUAUUGUAUUGUCAAGGACAAGCCAUUUCAUCUUGUAUAUGCCACCACCACCUACAUGCUGCACAUUGCAUGGCGACAGGUUGAGCCAAAGCUAAAUGGCAUCACCCUUUUAUUUUAUUUAUUUAUUUAUUUAUAUUUUU